CUUCCCCAUUUCUCUACACCUCUCCAAAGUCCGCCAUAUCUUUUGCUUUUUCCCUUCUCCAUAUAAACAGCGUAGCACCCCCUUGCUCUUCAGAACUCAGAAGUGACAAUCACAAAGCACGCUGCAACGCUCGUAACCCACCAUCAAUAUCAGAAAAAUGGGAGCACAAGCACAAGAAGUUGUUCUCGCUUUGUUUCUCUUGCUCUUUGUUAAUGUUGGGUUCUCCAAUGGGUCUUUGCUGCCACUCCUAGAACGUCCGGGGAGUAUGUUGGCUGAUUUCUGGGCAGACCCGUUCAGAGUGUUGGAACAAAUCCCAUAUGGGCUCGAGAGAGACGACAAUAUCAUGGCACUCCCUCCGGCCAGGGUCGACUGGAAGGAGACGCCGGAAGGUCACGUUAUCAUGAUGGACGUGCCGGGGUUGAAGAAGGAGGAGAUAAAGAUCGAAGUGGACGAGAACCGGGUGGUGAGAGUAAGCGGGGAGAGGCAGAGAGAGGAGGAGAAGAAAGGGGAUCGUUGGCAUCGGGUGGAGAGAUCCUACGGCAAGUUUUGGAGGCAGUUCCGGUUCCCGGAGAACGUGGACUUGGAUUCUGUGAAGGCUAAGUUGGAGAACGGGGUGCUCACUUUGUCAUUGGCCAAGUUGUCCCCCGAUAAGAUCAAGGGUCCCGGUCCCAGGAUAGUUAGCAUUGCCGGAGAAGAGGACCAUGAACCUCCUAAGCUCAGGAGCAGUGAGGCCAAGCAGGAGCUCUAAACUUUUUAACGUCUUUUGUGCGUGUGGCUUUGUGAGUGAAUAAAGGGUUUCGCUUUAUCUUUCAUCUUUUGUUUUGUUUUGUUGUGUUGUUGCAGUGUCUGAUGAUGUAAUCCCUUCUAGUUUCUCCUAAAAUAUCCUAAUAUAUGUAGUUAAUAUUAAUUUC